AUGUGCAAGCGUGAACCAGGUCACCGUUCCCUAUCGCAUACAGGCUUGACCGGUCGUUAUGGAGGGCCAUCUCAGAAGCUGCCGACUGACUUCGGCGCCUUUACCGCGUCAUCUAUCCCCCGUGGUUGCGGCAUAACCCCUGGCCUCACCGGAUUCCUGCCAACAGUUGUUUGUCUUGUUCCUUGGGGAUCAUGGGAUCGAGAGGCGCAACUGGAGCACGCGGGCAAUCCCACGACAUUCGGGCCGAUCCGGGGUACCAUCUCGACGUCGAGCCUUAGACGUCGUUGCGGUUUUACGAAUCGGAAUAUCGAACGCUCCUCGAACAGCGGGGAACAGUUCUCACGCUCAACGUCGACUAUUGCCGGUCUCCGUACCGCAGUUAAUCAUCCCACCGCUCCUCCAUAUGACACUCCGCGCGUCCUGUUCAUUAUGGGCCCCCUUGUCUUCCUCGGAUGGUAUUUGGCACUCGGUCGCGCGAUAUGCUCGUCUCGCGGCUUCCUUUAUGGUCCAUCUCUUAUACCAAAGGCUAUUCCAAUUGGACGUCAUGAAACACGCAGCCUGCGGCCGCUCAUCGAUGUCCACACGAGCCCCCCGGUAGAGGUCCAACUCCUGUCAAUACGCAUCCCGGCGCCCGCGACUGCCUUUGUUGCGGAUAAUUCGGGUGUGGUGGAUCGCAGAAUGUUCGAAAGCGGCGCCGCUGCUCGAAUGCCUGCACGCCUUUCAAGCACGAAGCGGACGUUUGCUCCAGAUUCUAGCAAACGCAGCGAUUCCGGCAGGCGCCUCUGA